AUAAGAGAUGGCAAGACCACCUCUCUUGAGCCACACUCCCAAAGCAUUGAAACCCUAAAUCCCAUCAUCUUCUAACUCUGAAACUCUUCGUUUUUUCUCGUUCCAGAACUUCGAUCUCUAUCGGAUUUCAGGAAACUUGCAGGUGUAUCUAUUACCUUCAGAUUUUCAAGGUGAAGUUGUCAGCGGUGAAGUUUCUUUUAUGUCCGAGCAGGCCAUUUUCUAUUUGGGAUCAAUUGGGUUGCUUGGAGAGUAUUGUCCAUCUUCAAGAAAAAAGAACAGACCCUUGUUAAAAGGAAAUAGCUGUAUGCAUCGGUUGCCAUAUCAGGAAUAUCCCGAGUUUCAUGGUUGCUACUGGUUGCAACCUUUCAUAGCUUACGAAAAUCAAUCUUCUCCUGUCUUGAAAAACUUAGAAGAGGAUAUUGCAGCUACCAGCAUUUCCGUCUCGUGAUAUCUCUUGUAUUUGCAUUCUGAUUUCUGUUCUCUAUCAAGAUGGCUUUACUGAACAUUGGUGCUGGGAACAGUGAUGAUGCCUUCUACAGGUAUAAGAUGCCCAAAAUGGUUACCAAAAUUGAGGGCCGAGGAAAUGGCAUCAAGACAAAUAUAGUCAACAUGGUUGAUAUCGCAAAGGCUUUGGCAAGGCCCGCUGCGUACACUACAAAGUAUUUUGGUUGUGAACUUGGCGCACAGUCCAAGUUUGAUGAGAAAACUGGGACUUCUAUCGUUAAUGGAUCCCAUGAAACUGCUAAGCUAGCUGGCCUCCUUGAAAACUUUAUCAAGAAAUUUGUUCAGUGUUAUGGAUGUGGAAAUCCAGAAACAGAGAUACUGAUUACAAAGACUCAAAUGAUUCAACUCAAAUGUGCUGCUUGUGGUUUUGUGUCUGAUGUGGACAUGAGGGACAAGCUCACUACUUUCAUUAUUAAGAACCCACCUGAGCAGAAAAAGGGAUCCAAAGACAAGAAAGCAAUGAGAAGAGCUGAGAAGGAAAGACUAAAAGAAGGUGAAGCUGCUGAUGAGGAGCUGAAAAAACUGAAGAAAGAGGCAAAGAAGAAGAGCACUUCCUCUGCUAAGGAGGGCCCUGUGAAGGCCAGCUCUUCAAAAAAGAAAACAAGUGGCUCUGACGAGGAUCGUACAUCACCUACUCCCAGCCAGGCUGAUGAAGAGGAGGCUGAUGAUGAUGAUGAUGAUGAUGUUCAGUGGCAAACUGAUACGUCCAUAGAGGCAGCUCGUCAACGGAUGCAAGAACAAUUGAAUGAUGCGACAGCUGAUAUGGUGAUGCUUCCCACCAAUGAACCAGAGAAGGCCAAGGCAGAAACAAAGGCAAAUGAGAGUUUGGAAAAUGGGAACUUCACUGCUCGAGGAACACUUACGGAUGAGUUGAAAAAGAAUCUGGAUAAGGGUAUUUCACCCAAACAAUUCCAAUCCCUUCUGGGGUCACUUUCUGGGUCUGCAAAGGAAAAAAUGACUGCUCUAUUUGAGGCGCUAUUUGGGGGCCUAGAGAAAGGGUUUGCAAAAGAGGUAUCCAAGAAGAUAAACUACCUUGCUGUAGCUGCUGCUCAGGAUGAGGGAUCUCAAUUGCUCUUGCUUCAAGCAAUUGAAGGCUUCUGUGGGAAGUCAAGCUCAAGUGCCUUGAAGGAAGUUGCCCUUGUUUUAAAAGCUCUCUAUGAUGUUGAUAUCUUGGAGGAAGAAUGCAUAGUGCAGUGGUAUCAAGAUGGACUGAAGGGUGGGAGCAAGAACUCUCAGAUUUGGAAGAACGCCAAACCAUUCAUUGACUGGCUCCAGAGUGCUGAGUCCGAAACGGAGGAGGAUUAAUGUUUUCAUUUUUUAUUCUUUUUAUUCUUGCUCAUGUCUUCUGUUGUUGCUAGGCUUCCUGUCGUCACCAAUAACGUGAAAUAAAGAGGUGUUGCUCUUAGUCCAGUACUGUCAAAAAUUUCUACUAUGUCCUGCAGUACCUAUAAGAUCUGUGUGUUAUCUGGGAUUUUGAUAUUGGUAUCGGAAUGUUGAAUAUUGUUUCCAAUA